AUGUCAGCCUUCCCGUUGUCGACAUCCAAUAAUAUCUCCUCAGUCAAGCCAGCAGCCAAUCAAACAACCGAUUUGUCUAACAUCAGUGCAGCCUUGUGUUUUAGUGAGGCAGGCGCGGCAGGUGUGAGCAGGCAGCUGACAUCAAACCCCCAGCAUCAACUUCCAAGCCAAAACAACAGCAACCCAACCCCCACUCCCGACAUGUCUGCUCCAAAUGAAGGUCGCCAAUCCCCUGCUCCUGAGGAAUCCUCCGGCAAGCAACAGCAAUCCGCUCCCUCCUCCGGCCAAGGCGUCAACCCGGAGACCAACAACAAGGAGGAGAGCAAGAAACAACUCGAUGUACUUAUAAAAACACAAUUGAGGACAUAUCAGAGUGCUAAUCCAGUGUACAGUCUCUCUCGUCCAACCCCACCGGUCCCCUUGACGAGCACCUGA